CUCGGGAAAAUCGUAACAAACAAACAAAAAAUUCUCAGCCGGCGAAAUCAAAUUCCGGUAGUAGUUAAUUCAUCGAUCGUCACCUUCUCCUACUCUCAAGAUUCGAACAUUCCCGCGUUUUUUUUUUUCCAUUCGUUGAUCAGAAUCCAUUGUUUUCAGAGAGUUUCGAUUACAGUUUUACAGAAUGUAUAAGUGGAAUCUUCCUUACCGGAAAGAUGACGUGGAGACUGGCGGUGGUAGCGGUGAGAGAUCUCUGUAUCCGACUAUGCUUGAGAGCCCCGAACUCCGAUGGGGUUUCAUCAGAAAGGUAUAUUCCAUAAUCGCAUUCCAGCUUUUAGCAACCAUCGCCGUCGCCGCCACGGUGGUAUUCGUUCGUCCCAUUGCCGUGUUCUUCGCUACCACUAGUGCCGGUCUUGCUCUCUGGAUUGUCUUAAUCAUCACGCCUCUUAUAGUAAUGUGUCCUUUGUACUAUUACCACCAGAAACAUCCGGUGAAUUACCUGCUUUUAGGGAUUUUCACGGUGGCUUUAGCUUUUGCCGUUGGAUUAACAUGUGCUUUCACCAGUGGGAAAGUGAUUCUUGAGGCAGCGAUUUUAACAACAGUAGUGGUGCUUUCCUUAACCUUCUACACCUUUUGGGCAGCAAAGAAAGGAUAUGACUUCAAUUUCCUCGGUCCAUUCUUGUUUGGUGCUCUCAUCGUUCUCAUGGUCUUUGCCCUUAUUCAGAUUUUCUUCCCGCUGGGUCGGAUCUCAGUGAUGAUCUAUGGAUGUUUGGCUGCGAUAAUAUUCUGCGGGUACAUAGUUUACGAUACAGACAAUCUCAUCAAACGUUACAGUUACGAUGAGUACAUAUGGGCAGCAGUUUCGCUCUACUUAGAUAUUAUCAACCUCUUCUUGGCUCUCCUUACCAUUUUCAGAGCUGCCGAAUGAAGCUUCUUUACUCCUUUUAAGUCUCGACCAGUGUUAUUAUCAUGUCCUUAAAAUGUGUAUAUCUCUAAUAUUGUUUGUUAACAAAACUCAUUUUCUUUA